AUGGAUCUGCUGAAGCGCAUCCUGCCGCACUGCACGCUGGAGCACCUCACCAACAUCGAGAAGAACACCAAGAUGGAUCUUAGCUCGGUAACUGAUCCGCUGUGGAAACGAUUCUAUUAUCAAGAAUUCGGUCAGGAGCAUACGAACAAAGUUAUCGCAAGACUCAAGGCACUGAAGGAGACUAGGCCAGAUGCGAAAUACACAUGGUGGGAGCUCUUCGCGGCGAGAAAAAAGAAACAGAAGCAAGCUGAAGAUGAGAUGGUUGAGAAAUUCACAAAGAAGUUUCAGGCAGAGAAAGCUUUUAUUUCCCGUACUAAUCUAGCCUAUAUUCUUGCAGGAAGUGGACCUAGCAGUCUAUCCAAUUGCAGCUACAAGAGCCCUAUGCUGAAAAAGGCUAGGAUGGAGGCUGACAAUCGAGCAAGAUUGCAAUCUGCUAUCCAAAGGAACACUUUUGCGAGGUCAUCUCAGCCGAUAAGGACGACCUCUUUUAAUGGACAGCGUCACCAAACCAUCACCAAACCGAUUCAUAGACCCAAUUCAAUCAUCACCGUCACCAAACCGAUUCAUAGACCCAAUUCAACCAUCACCGUGUGGGUGCGAGCAGGCUUCACAGACCCAAUUCAACCAUCAACAAACCGAUGGGUGUGGGCAGGCAAAUUCAGAACAGCAGGCCCAAAUUCUAGAAAAUGGUUUGCUGCACCCUCGCAAGGUCCUCUGCAGGAAGCUCAUGUGUGCGACAUCACAAGGUCCUCUGCAGGAAGCUCAUGUGUCCUCUGCAGAAAGCAUCUCCUUUGUACAAGCUGUGCUACAUUCCACCCCCCAGCUGUGCAGUUGGAAUUGUAUCUCAAAAGGAGUAGCACACCGUAG